AAAAAUAAAAAACCGCCCACUGAAGGAAGACGACGACGAAGUCCAGGAAAACCCAGCAGCAACUCAUUCUUGAUCGCACACUCCUCCCUCCGCUUGCCUUGCUCCUCCCUCCGACUUCCAUGGCCGGCCGUCUCUCUCCAUCUCGAUCGAUCCACUGCUCACUCUCUGAUACAUCUCCCUCAUCACUUGCUGCAAUAAGCAACCUCAUAUUUAUUACUUCUGAACAAUAUUCAUUCGUCUUGCAUUCAUUCAUUAAUACGGUACGGGUCGUCGUCGUCGCCGGCCGGCCACUGCUGCUGCUGCUAGCCGGUCCAUCGAUAUAUCGAUCGAUCGACAAUGGGCAAGGCCGCCAGCACGGUGUCGUCGCUGCUCUGCUGCCCCUGCCGGUGCCUCUUCUGCGGCGUGCUCAGCUGCCUCCUGAGCGUCCUCACCUGCGUCCUGUUCAGCGCCGGCCUCGUCGCCCUCAUCCUCUACCUCCUCUUCCGCCCCCACAUCAUCCGCGCCACCGCCGUCUCCGCCGACCUCUCCGCCUUCACCCUCACCCCGCGGACAUGGAUCCUCCUCUACAACCUCUCCCUCGCCGUCCAGCUCCACAACCCAAACAGCCGCAUCGCCCUCCACUACCUCGACGUCGCCGCGCGCGCCUACUACGAGGGCCAGCCGCUCGCCGACGCCCGCCUGCCCGACCUCUUCCAGGGCACCGGGGAGACCAGCUCGCUCAAGCCGCAGCUCGCCGGCGACGCCCCGCUCGUCGGAGGCGUCGCCGCCGCCGGAUUCCGGAGGGAGGCCGCCGAGGGCGCCACCUUCUCCCUCGACGUCAAGAUCAGCGCCCACAUCAAGCUCAGCCUCUGGGUCAUCACCGUGCCGGGGCCCAAGACCCAGAUCGACUGCCCCGUCAGGAUCCAGAGACGGAACGCCACUGACGACGACCGCCCGCCGCCCGAGUUCCAUCCCACAGAAUGCAGGGUCUGGUUCUGAUGAUCAACUUCGAUCUCAUGGCUCCAUCGCGAGUUUAUUCAUGUUAUUAUCUGCAGAUCAGAUCAGAUCGACCCAUGCAUGCAUGCAUUCUAUAGAUCAUAUAUAUGUCAUGAUGAACAAACAGAUCGACAGAGAGAGAGAGAUUACUAUAGCUAGCUAGCUAGUUGCAUUACAUAUAUUGGAUGAUGAUGUAUUAGUCUAUAUAGCUAGUAGUGCUAAUUGCGUCUCUGUACUGUAGUAGGUGCCUUAAUUUGAUUCAUGUAUGAACUAUUCGAUGUGCUCUUAGAGCAUGUCCAUCA